AUGCCGGGACAAGAAGUCCACACCGGCAACGGCGAAGACGACCACGACCAUGACCAUCCCGAUAUUUUGGAUGGGCUCGAUGGAAUCACCAAUGCGUCACUUGGGCUGUCUGAGGCUCUCGCUCAACAACAACAAUACCAGCAGACGAAAGGGCAGACCCUGCAGAGGAGGAUGCCAGCCCCCCCAGCGCAGUCAUUCAUCCCCAGCCUGAGCGAACUUCUACGUGGGAGAAGGAGUUGGAGCAAAAGUGGGAGUAGCAGUCCGCUGGUUGUUUCGCAAGGGAGCCAGAGUCUGAUCAAGAGUGAGAGUAGGAGUAGGAGUAGGAGUAGGAGUAGGAGUAGGAGGAGGAGGAGGAGUACGACCUACGCACGUGAGCGCAUGGACUCCGAUAUGGACCAAGAGCCCUUCGUGGGCUCAGGGUACCAGCCGGGGGACAAAGGCUCUGAGUUCCAGCCUAACGCUGGUUCGGAAUACCAGCCUGACGAUGCCUCUUUGUACAAAUCAGAGGAUGACCUCCAGCCAGAAUACUACCCGUCCAUGGACCUAGACUCAGACUACCAGCCUUCUGAGUGGCAGCACGACCCGGACGAAGAAAUGGACGACCUCGACGACGACCUCCCCGAAGUUCCCGGCACGCACAAGCGCAAGCGUAACGACGACGAUGGCGACGACGACAACGUCUACGCAGAUGACUACUACUACUACGACGAGCAAGAGUCCGACGAUGAUAUUGUUUCAGAACCCCGCGGCGGCGGCAUCCGGCCUCGCCUCGGGCCUAUGGAUGAUUUCCUUGACGCCGUACCAAGCCGCAGAAGUACAAGAACAAGCACCCGCCCCAGCUCGAGCCAGCUCGUCUCUAUCGAGGGCGGGAAUCAGCCGGGAGGUAAUGAUCUUGGGUCGAUGAGGACGAGGAGACUCAGACCUAGGGUUAGUUAUAGUUACUCCAUGAACGGGGUUUAUGAUGAUAAGGACGAGCUGCAGGACUCGGAUGGGGAUGAUACGAAUAUCUCGCUGGUGCAGUCUGAUAUCGUACAGCCAAGGAAACAGAGACGGUUGACUGCGUUGAGGAAGCCCCCGGCGAGGAUAUGGACUCAGCAGAAAGCGCAGGCUGCUAAGCAAACAGAGGAUUGGGGAGACUCGGAUAUCGAGUUCGAAGAUCGCAGGAGGCGGUCGUCACGCUCGACUAGAGCCACAAAAAUCAUCUCCGACACCUACCUCGAUGAUGAGGAUAUAACUUAUGUCGACGACGAUCGGCCCCCAGCAGCAGCAGCAGCAGCAGCAGCAGCAGCAGCCCCGCGUAUCCCCAACAUGCGCGAACUCUUCCCUCCUCCACCCCCCGACUUUAAGUUCUUCCACAGUCCCACCUGCGACGUCUGUGGUCACGCCGCUGACGACCGCAUCAAAGGUGCCAUGGUCCCCUGCCAGGGCUGCUCCAACUCCUACCAUAAAGCCUGCCUCGGCAACCGCUCCAUGCGCGAACACGCCGUCACCAAGGUCGGCCCGGACAUGUUUGUCUUGCAAUGCCGCUGGUGCAUCGGGGUUCAUAAAAAGAGGGAUGAGAGGGCUCCGAAAUAUGAUAUGUGCCAGAAGUGUGGGGGAAGGAAUCCCAGUUGUGUGAGGUUUGCGCCGCGCAGGACGCCGAAGCAGGAGGAGGUUAUGAGGGCUGAGAAUGGCGGCGUGGAUCCGGUUACCAAGGUCGAGGGUACGUUGGUGAAUAAUUCGGAGAGGGUGUUGUUUAGGUGCGGGAGGUGUAAGUGUGCUUGGUGUUGGGAGUGUCUGCCAUUGCCGGGGAAGACGACCUCGGGGGCAGGGGGGGAUUUGACGAAAGCCAGGAGGGCGAGGCUCGAGGAGUAUGGCAUUAGCUGGAUGUGUCGGCUUUGCCAGGACACGGAGGAGCUGAAGAUUGAUAAGAUCGUCGCGUGGCGCCCGGCGAGGAGGGAGCUUUACUCUGAGGGCAAGACGCUGCUCGAUUUCACGGAGGACCAGCUCGAGUAUCUGCUCAAGUGGGAGCACAAGUCGUACAACCACUGCGUCUGGAUGCCGGGGGCGUGGGUGUACGGCAUCGCGAAGCAUGCCAUGCGGCAGGCGUUUAUUCGGCGGACGCUGGGCCAGGGGAGUGGGGAUGUUGAGGGGGAGAGACAUACGGAUUCGCUGCUGCGCUGGCACGAGAAGGACGCGAUUCAUGACGUGUGGAUCACGCCGGAUAUUAUACUCGAUGUGCGCUACGCGACCCGGUCGAAGGAGGAUGAGAACAGGUAUAGGGCGAUGUCGCGCAGCGACAGGUUUGAGUAUGACCUCGACCGCGUGUUUCACGUUGUUAAGAUCUACGUGAAGUUCGAGGGGCUGGGGUAUGAUGACGUGGUCUGGGACACGCCGCCGUCGCCGGACUCGGGGCCCAUCUGGGAUGCCUAUCUCGAUGCGUACCGGGAGUACCUCAACGGGAAGCAUUUCCGGCCCGAGCCGUGGCCUGCCAUGCGGGCAAGGAUAGAACGCUUCCGGCAAAUGGACUUCGGGGAUAUCGAAGUCAAGGAACAACCUCCCGGCCUGAGAGAGGGGUGCAAGCUGAUGGCAUACCAGCUCGAAGGGCUCAACUGGAUGUUAUACAACUUCCGAUACGAGCGGAGUGUCAUCCUCGCCGACGAAAUGGGCCUGGGCAAGACGGUACAAGUCGUCGCUCUGCUGGCGAGCUUUAUCCUGACUGCGCCCAAGGUCUGGCCGUUCCUGAUCGUCGUGCCGAACGCGACGUGCGCGAAUUGGAGGCGAGAGAUCAAGAAAUGGGCGCCGGAUCUAAGGGUCGUGGCCUACUAUGGAGGGAAAGUGUCGCAGACGCUGGCGCUGGAUUUUGAGCUUUUUCCGGGAGGCGCGAGGGAUAUGCGCGCGCAUGUGGUGAUUAUGUCGUAUGACAGCGUCAAGGACUGUGAUCCGCGGCUGAAGUCGGUGAAAUGGGCGGGUUUGGUGGUCGACGAGGCGCAGGCGCUCAAGAGCGAUGAGAGCGCGCUGUAUAGGGUCUUGAGUUCGCUCAAGAUCCCGUUUAAGUUGCUGCUGACGGGCACGCCGUUGCAGAAUAAUAAGCGAGAGUUGUUUAAUCUUCUGCAGUUUAUUGACCCAGCGAUGAGGGCAGACCAGUUGGACGAGCGCUUCAGCCAGAUCACGUCGGAGAAUCUGCCAGAGUUGCACGACCUGAUCAGGCCUUACUUCUUGCGCCGGACCAAGGCCAUGGUACUCACAUUCCUCCCGCCUAUGGCUCAGAUCAUCGUCCCCGUCAGCAUGUCCGUCCUGCAGGAGAAGCUGUGCAAGUCCAUAAUGGAGAGGAAUCCCCAGCUGAUCCGCAGCGUGUUUGUCCAGCAGGGCGGCAAGCUCAAGCCGUCGGAACGGGGGUCGCUGAGCAAUAUUCUGAUGCAGCUGCGCAAGUGCCUCUGCCAUCCCUUCAUAUACUCGCAGGCCAUUGAGGACCGCAACGUCCCGCCCGAGGUCAUGAGGCGCAACCUGAUCGAGGCGUCGCCGAAGCUGAUGCUCCUGGAGAUCAUGCUGCCCAAACUAAAGGAGAGAGGACACCGCGUGCUUAUGUUCUCCCAGUUCUUAGACCAGCUCACCAUCCUUGAGGACUUCCUCAAUGGCCUGGGCUUGAAGCACGAGCGUCUGGACGGCAACCAGUCCUCUCUGGAAAAGCAGAAGAAGAUCGACGCCUUCAACGCCCCCAACUCGGACAUCUUCGCCAUGUUGUUAUCGACCCGUGCCGGCGGCGUGGGCAUCAACCUCGCCACUGCCGACACGGUUAUCAUCCUCGAUCCAGACUGGAACCCGCACCAAGAUAUCCAGGCUCUCUCGCGCGCUCAUCGUAUCGGCCAACGCAGAAAAGUUCUCUGCUUCCAGCUCAUGACAGUCGACUCCGUCGAGGAAAAAAUCCUCCAGAUCGGCCGCAAGAAACUCGCCCUCGAUCAUUUGUUGAUCGAAAUCCUCGACAACGAAGAGGACGCCCCCAACGACGUGGAGUCCGUGCUCAAGCACGGCGCGGCCGCGCUCUUUGGCGAGGGAAAGAAGAAAGAGGCGAUUAUGUACGACUCGGCGGCGGUUGAGAGGUUGCUUGAUAGAUCUAUGAUGGAGGAGACAAAGACGGGCGAAGAUAAGAGUGCCGAGAGCGCGUUUGCGUUUGCUCGCGUAUGGGCGAAUGACGAGGGAGGACUGAAGGACGAUUUGCAGGUGAAGGAGACAAGUGUGAGUGUGGGCGUGUGGGAGCAGAUUUUGAAGCAACGCGAAGAAGAGGCACGCAGGGAGGAGGAGGCUAAGUUGGAGAGAUUGGGACGAGGGGGGCGCAGGAGGGGGGCUGCGUAUGCGAGCUACACUGGCCCGCGCUUUGAAUUUGACGAUGGCGCGGAUGCGGCAGCCGCUGAGUCUGACCAGGCUGAUGGCGACGGGGACUUUGUGGGCAGCGAUAAGAGUGAUGCUGAGUCAAGCGACGAGGAGGAGGAGGUGGUGGUGGUGGUGGAAGAGGAGGGGGAGGAGGAGAGAGACAGCGAGGCUGCGAAUGGUAAGUCGACGUUAGAGAAAGAGAUGCAAGAGUCGCAGAGUGAGACGAGAACGGCUGGAAGUCUGGCCGGGCAGGAUGGUGCUGUUCCUGCGUCUUUGACAAAGAUUGCAAGGAAGAAGGCUGCUGGAAGUCCAGACGGCGCUUCGACGACGACGACGACGAUGACGACAACGACAACGACAACGACUGCAAAGUCUAGGAAUAUUAAAGCUACAGCGGCUGGAAGUCUAGCCUCACUGUCAACAGCUGUGGUAUCCACGCCUAAGAAAGCGAGAGUUCGCAAACAACAAGCCCAGACGGACACCACAACCCCUUCAUCGGCUCCGAGAACAACAAGCUCACGCAAACGCCCAAAGCAGACUCCGAAGUCGACCACACAAACCUCCCCAACGUCAGCCCAAAAGACCAGCAAGAAGACCAAACGGGAGCCGUCGGCCGCAAAAAAGGCAGUGCAAGCGGCGGUGGCAGCAGCAGCGAGCGCGGCAGCCGCCAGAAGGAGAAGGGCAAGACCUCCGGCGCAGAUGCAACAGUUGCAGUCUUCUGCCCUCUCGACGGAGAGGGGGACGCAAAGCAAGGGAAGAAAGGUAAGAGAAAUGGAAAAUCAGGGCCAGGAGGUAAGACCGCAGGAGCAGGAGGGACAGGCACAGGCACAGGCACAGGGACUGCGACUACCGCCCAACCUGGUCCCGGACAAAAACGUCACGGCAACGCUCUGCUCAACGGGCAUGCCCGCGCUGGGGCUGGGAAUGGAUCCGUUGGUGGUGAGACUCUUGCAGUCGCAGGUGCAGCAGCAGGGUCUCUUGCCGGCACAACCGCCAAUACAACAACGGGAGCGACUCUAG